CUUGAUAUUAACACACUUUGUGAUGAUGAUAUUGAAAGGGAGGAAGAUUAUGGCCUUGAUGAAGAAGAAGAAGAAAUUUCUGAUGAUCCAGAUCUUGGUUUAGAUGAAUUAUUAGAAGAGGAUAAAAAUCUUAUUGAAUACUCACCAUGUGUAAUUGUGGAUAAUGACAAUAAAGAUGAAAGAAUUCAAAGAUGCAACAAAGCCAAUCAUGGAGGAGAUUUCAACAGACCUCUUGCCCAACUUAAAGGUAUUUGGGAAGUUGAUCGUGAUGCUGUAGAACAAUGUAACAAUAAUCUACAUGAACUUGGUGUCUGUUAUCAGCACUUUCUCUAUGAUCAGAACAUGUUACAUAAUGAGAAACAGGAAUAUUUACAAACAGAACAAA